AUGUCGUCCAAGGUCAAGGCUGGUCAGCUCUGGGGAAAGAACAAGGAUGACCUCUCCAAGCAGCUGGAGGAGUUGAAGACCGAGCUUAACCAGCUCCGCGUGCAGCAGAUCACUGGCGGCGCUUCGUCCAAGUCUCACAGAAUUCACGACGUCCGCAAGUCGAUCGCUCGCGUUCUGACCGUCAUCAACGCCAACCAGCGCGCCCAGCUCCGUCUCUUCUACAAGAACAAGAAGCACAUCCCUCUUGACCUCCGCCCCAAGCUCACCCGUGAGCUGCGUCGCCGUCUUACCAAGCACGAGUCUACCGUGCAGACGGAGCGCAAGAGAAAGCAGCAGAUCCACUUCCCCCAGCGGAAGUACGCCAUCAAGGCUUAA